AUGGAUGGCGAAUGGAAAUCAGCGUUGCGAUUGCAGAUCGAAGCGCUCGCGAAGCGCAACGAUCUGCAUCGAAAAUCGAAUGAUGAGGAGGUCAAAAAACGAACGCAGGAUAUGGAUCAACGGAUCGUCAAACUGCGCACUCUGGUGUCAUCGAACGCCAAUGAAGCGGCGCUGUACUAUUUGGAGUGCGUGUGUCAGGCGGAUGAAACCGAGAGGAUUCUGAAUCGCGUCUCAUCGCACAACAAAAAGAAAAAGCGCAAGAAGCACACGGAGAAAGUCGUCGGCGAGCGAAUUUCGAAUCCGACGACGAGCACGUCGGACGCGACGCAGAUUAUUGACGCGACGCGUCUCGAAGCGGAAAACACGGUGCCCGAGAGACCGCACUGGUGGGAUCAGUUUCAGCUUCACAGGCGGGCUGAUGUGUUCCGACGCGACGCGCAGAAUGACCGAAGGGAGUUGUGGAGAACGCAGAAAGAUUUCUUCUUGACGUGCCUCGGAUUCAUGGUCGGCGUUGGACACACGAUGCGAUUCCCGGCGAAGGUCUACCAACACGGCGGCGGUGUGUUCUUUAUCCCAUACACUGCCUGCUUAAUAUUCUUCGGACUGCCCAUCGUCUUCCUUCAUCUUUCCAUCGGCCAGUUCACCGGCCAGUCGGCGAACACCGCGUUCCAGAAGCUGAUGCCAAUCGGCGCGGGACUCGGCUGGGCGCUGGUGGUGAUCGCGAUACCAGUCGCCAUCUAUUACAAUAUAAUUGUUGCAUGGGCAAUUCAUUAUUUCACAAAUUCGACAAUGGGUCUAUUGCUAGGCACAAGUUUAUCCUGGGAGUACUGCAAAGAAGAAUGGCAACUCGACAGCAAAUGCUGCAAUUUGCAUAAUCUGCAUUCAUGUUUCACCGCGAAUAAUUCGAUAACAGCACCAGAAGCAUUCUUCCACUCCGAAGUCCUCUCAUUGUCAGCGUUCGGCGAUUUCACGUUGGGACCACUUCAAUCGCAUCUAGUCCUUUCGCUAGCAGCUGCUUGGUUUUUCGUUUUCCUUGGCGUAUGCAAGGGUCUCGGAUCGAUCGGCUCGACGAUGAACUUCACCGCAACGGUUCCGUAUCUAUUGCUAUCCAUCCUCCUUCUACGCGGAAUCAGCCUUCCCGGUGCCAAUAAAGGCCUCUCAUUCUUAUUUUCGGUCGACAGCUCGAAACUAUGGAAAUGGCCGAUCUGGAAAUCAGCCGCCGAGCAAGUGUUCUACGAGCUCGGAAUCGACGCGGGACCACUGAUAUCGAUGGCCGCGUUUUCGCGAUUCCGCAACAAUAUUUAUCGCGAUUCGGUUCUUCUAGUCGUUCUCGACGCAAUGACAUCGACAUUAUGUGGAAUGGUCAUAUUCUCAUUCGUCGGAUUCAUCGCUUCCGAAUCGAAUAGCAAUGUGGACGAUGUUCUUAAGCACGAUCCACUGUAUCUCUCAUUCACCGUCUAUCCGGGCGUCACUUCUUUCAUGUACUGGGGAGGCCUCUGGGCAACGUUGUUCUUUGGGAUGCUCGUGUUAGCUGCGCUAGACGCCGAGUUCGCGUGGCUCGAGAUGAUUGCCUCGGCGUUUAUGAAUCAUUUCUCAUCGAAGAACCAGCGAGUCGAGAAUCGUCUUCUCGCCUUCCUCUGCCUCUUCGGCUUCAUUUUCGGCCUUCCGCUGUGCGCCCAAGGCGGCAUUUUCGUGUUCCACGCCAUUGAGAAUCUCAACGCCAACUGGAACUCGUUCUCAUUGGCAUUGUUAACCGUGUUGAUAGUAUGCUAUAUAUACGGUAUCGAUAAGUAUCUGGCUGAUGUCUCCGGAAUGCUUCGGGUCCCUCAAAUCCCAUUUUCAAAGGCGACGCGAUUCAAGGACAAAAUCACGGCGAUUUUCGGUCCCGGCGGUCUUUACAUGAAAUACUCGCUGAGUUUGAUCUGCCCGAUUGUGCUCUUCGCUCUCCUCGUGACAUCCGCUCUUGGCUAUCAGCGUGUCUCAUUUGCCGAUCGUCCGAUCCCAUUGGAGUAUGAGUUCGUCGCGUGGAUUGUCAUGGUCGGCCCGCUUCUGACCGUUCCGAUUGUGGCGUUCUGUCAAAUUCGGCAGACGCGUCGAGAGGGAAAACUGUUGAAGUCGUUGUUCGACACUUCCGAUUUCGGACAAGACGAGGCGUGUCCCGACGAAGCGGCGGCGAUUCCGUUCGAGAAUCUCGAAUCGCUCGCCCAUCGAAAACGACCUCCGACCAUUUUCAGCCAUCGAGAAAACACUUAUAUGUAUAUCGACUCAAGAGGCCCGACGGUUCGCACAAGGGUCUUUCCAUUCGCGCAAUCGAAUGUCGGAUUCUCGCAGUCAAUGCCUGAUCCGUAUGGUUGGACCAAUGGAAGAAUAAGGGAUAAGCUGAAUGCUUCUAGUUAUUCGCCAGAAAGCUCAAUGAACUCAUUCAUGGCUUCGACGAUCAUGCAGAGGACAAAGCAGCUUCCCUUAUUCGGAUCACCUCCAGUCAAUCCGCAAGAUCGCAUCAAUGUGAUCUCAAAUAAUUCAAGUAGAACAAACUUCGAGAAUAGCGGAAAUGAGCCGAGAAAGAUGCGGCAGAGUCCGACGGCUUCGGAUCCUCCGAUUCCGACGAAUCCGCCGCCGCCGCCGCCGCGAAUAUCGCCAUCGAAAUCCGAGCCGCCGAUUCAGCGAUCAAACAUCCCAGUAUUCACACCACCACGUGCGAAAUCGUCAAGCUCACAGGAGUCGUUGACAUCCGAAUCGAGCAGCUAUGAUUACGGGAUUGACGGGCAUCGGCCGACAGUGAUUCGGCGAUUCGCCAGCGAGGACGACUCGUUCACGAAAAUGUCGACGGUGACGACGGGAUCGAUAUCGAUAACACCCGUCGACAUGUCGAGACAGCGAUCGCUAAGCUCGGUGGCGAUAUAUGAUCAAGAUAAGCGCUCGUCGAGGAACCAGGUGCUAUCGCAAUUGAAGCGGCCGGCGCCAAUCGACAAGCCGCCCAAAUAA